CCAGCCCUGCCUCCCGGACACACGACGCUCACGUAGUCCGGUGGCAGGAGCUUCCCCUGCCACCUCCCUCCCGGCUCUCCGAUGCAGCGAGCCAGCUGGAGAGGGGGCUUCCCCACGGCCCAAAAGGGUUCUAGCCUAUUCAUCUAACCCCAUGAUGGCUGUGGACAUAGAGUACAGAUACAGCUGCAUGGCCCCUUCCCUGCGCCGAGAGAGGUUCACCUUCAAGACCUCACCGAAGCGCAGCGAGCCGCUGAGGCCAUGCAUUCAGCUAAGCAGCAGGAAUGAAGCCAGCGGGAUGGUGGCCCCCACGGUCCAGGAGAAGAAGGUGAAAAAGCGGGUGUCCUUCGCAGACAACCAAGGGCUGGCCCUGACAAUGGUCAAAGUGUUCUCAGAAUUCGAUGACCCGUUAGAUAUUCCCUUUAACAUCACCGAGCUCCUAGACAACAUUGUGAGCUUGACGACAGCAGAGAGCGAGAGCUUUGUUCUGGAUUUCACCCAGCCUUCCGCUGAUUACUUAGACUUCAGAAACCGGCUUCAGACCGACCACGUAUGCCUUGAAAACUGUGUCCUGAAGGACAAAGCCAUCGCAGGCACAGUGAAGGUGCAGAACCUGGCGUUUGAGAAGACGGUGAAAGUAAGAAUGACAUUCGACACCUGGAAAAGCUUCACAGACUUUCCCUGUCAGUAUGUGAAGGACACUUACGCCGGCUCGGACAGGGACACCUUCUCCUUUGACAUCAGCUUGCCUGAGAAAAUUCAGUCUUAUGAGAGGAUGGAGUUUGCCGUGUGCUUUGAGUGCAGUGGACAGAUGUACUGGGACAGCAACAAAGGCAAAAACUAUAGGAUCAUCCGAGCCGAGCUGAAAUCCACGCAGGGUGCCACCGAGCCACAAAACGGACCCGAUUUUGGAAUAUCCUUUGACCACUUUGGGAGCCCUCGGUGUUCCUACGGUCUGUUUCCGGAGUGGCCAAGUUAUUUAGGAUACGAAAAGCUAGGGCCCUACUAUUAGCCACUGCGUGUGCUGGAGCAUGGCGGAGCAGGUGCAGAGGAGCCUCGCUGCGGUCAUGGGCGGGUGGAGACAGAAGCCAGGAGAAACGCGGAACUGCCAUUAGGCACAGUCUCUGAAAAGAAAGGAUCCUGUUCACUUUUCUUCUUACGCCACCUCAGCCAGCCAGAUUUAGGUGCCAGGACUGGUUUCAUACUUGGAGUACCAGUGGGGUGCUGGUCGGCUCGGCUUCCAGGGUGGCCACGAGAGUCGGAGCAGGGUGGCAGGGCCGGCCUGGGCCUGGGCAGGAACCAGGCCCAUGGGUAUUGCCGGCGACACUAGGGGAUGGUGGCUUCAGAGCGAGGCCACCAGGGGUGCGCCCCAGCUGCCUGGAGGAACCGCCCCUGCUCCCUGGGAUGUGGACGGUCACCUGGAAAUCACUCCAUCCCAGCCCACUGCCCCGGGACCCUUGCCGUUGGUCUCUAGGCGCCCCCCACACCACAGCCGGGCCCCUCCUGCCUGUCGCUGGCGUUCCUUGUCUACACGUGCUUCACUCUGCAGCUCUGUGCUUUUUUUUUUUUUU